AUGCCAGUUAGUCGAGCAACUAGCCGUCGGGCCCCUACAAAUGAGAACGAUGAGAAUGUAGCUGGUGUCACAACUCGUCUUACCAGAUCUAAAUCUGCAGCUUUUACCACAGAAGAGGCUACCGGUGCCAUUAAGAAACCACUUGCAAGCAAGAAAUCAACCGCCAACACACAACCACUCCGAAAACGGGCCGCACUGGGAGAUGUAAGCAACGUUGCCAAAGGAGGUGAUGCCGUUGAGGCAAAGAAGCCUGCUGCCAAGAGUGGACUAGUUUCAAAAGCUUCUCAACCAACAGGCGUUACCAAGAACAGUACACGAUCAGCCCUCGGAGCUAAAGAUGCAAACAAAAAGUCAUUGAGCAAGGCGGCUGGGUCGGGUGUUAUGAAGAGGAAGACUGCUGCAGCUGCGGCUACGAUAGCAGCUUCAGUCAAGGAAGAAACACCCGUUGAAGAUGAACAACCAUCCCGAAAGAAGGUCCACAUUGAAGCAGAAAAGCGAAUCAAGCAAAGUGAAGUCGUCGAGGAGAAGGAGAACGAAGCAGAGGCUAUUGUUGAACCAGAGCCAAAGGAAUCUGUCAGACUUGAGUUCGCCGAAGGUGUACGCGACUUGGAUGCCGAAGACUCGGAUGACCCUUUGAUGGUGGCCGAGUACGUCGUUGAGAUUUUUGAAUACUUGAAGAAGUUGGAGGUCGCUACCAAACCUAACGAAAAGUAUAUGGCCCAUCAAGAGGAUCUGGAGUGGAAAAUGCGCGGCAUCCUCGUCGACUGGCUCAUUGAAGUUCACACACGUUUUCACCUUCUCCCGGAAACUUUGUUCCUUGCUGUCAACAUCAUCGACCGCUUUCUCUCCACCAAGGUUGUUCAACUUGAUCGUCUUCAACUCGUUGGCGUUACUGCCAUGUUCAUUGCCUCCAAGUACGAAGAAGUCCUCUCACCCCACGUUGCCAACUUCCGUCACGUCGCCGAUGAUGGAUUCACUGAGGCAGAAAUCCUCAGUGCCGAACGUUACGUUCUCAGUGCUCUCAACUAUGACUUGAGCUACCCCAACCCCAUGAACUUCUUGAGACGUAUCUCUAAGGCUGAUGACUACGACAUCCAAACCCGUACAUUGGGCAAGUACUUGAUGGAGAUCAGUCUUCUUGAUCACCGAUUCAUGAAGUACCUCCCCAGUCACGUCGCCGCCGCAUCCAUGUAUCUUGCCCGACUUAUCCUUGAGAAGGGUGAAUGGGACCCAGUGUUGACUCACUACUCCGGAUACAGUGAAGAUGAGAUUGAACCUGUCUUUCAAUUGAUGGUUGAUUACCUUGCUCGUCCUGUUACCCAUGAGGCAUUCUUCAAGAAGUAUGCUAGCAAGAAAUUUUUGAAGGCCUCAAUCCUUACCAGACAAUGGGCUAAGAAACAUGCAUCUCUUUAUGGUAUUGAUGUAACUCAACCUUUAGAAUCCUCAUAG